GUCACUUUUUGAGAUGAAACAUGGCAUUGUCCGCGUUUUCCGAUGACGGAAAAUAUUAUUCUAUUAUAAGUAAAGAAGGUAGAUUAAGGAUAUGGGACACAGAAACAAAUGUAUUAAAACAAGAAUACACACCAGAUUUACAUUUGACUUCACCGCCAUCAUGUUUGCAGUGGAUAACCGUAUCGAAUUUAGCUGGCUCCUCUCAAAGUAGCGGAAAACGAAAACAGAGCUUCAGUGGACAAGAAAGCCAGUGUAUAGUUUUAGGAACAACCAGUGGCAAGAUCCUCGUAUAUUCCGUGACGCAAGCUAAAGUAGAAAAUGUUAUUUCAGAAGAUAAACAGAAUUUAAAUCAAAACAUUACAGCUCUCGAUUGGCACCGAAGAUACGGCUUGUACAGUAGUAACAAAGCUGGUUUUGUAAUAGAAUGGGACUUACACAGUGGCAGUGUUAGAAAUAAGUAUAAUGUGAUAAUUGAUAAUAGCAAACAAGGAAAUUAUGUCAGUGCAAUCAAAAUAGUGCCUCACACACAGAAAAGUCCUGCAAGAUUCUUAGUCACAGCAUCAUGGCAAGUAUGCCUGUGGAGACUACUAGAUGAUUCGGCUAUCAUUAUUAAGAGACUCGGCCACAACAUCACAAAAGGUGUACUAUUGGCUGUUGUCAAUAAUAACAAUGCCACUUGGCUAUUAGAAGGCUCACUAAAUGAAAGGCUCCUAUCAUUUUGGGAUAUCACAGUAACUGGAGAACACUUACCGCAAGUGAAUGGGGAUGACUCAACACCAAGUAAAAGGCAACGUAAGAAAUCUAUCACAUCAACUACCUCCACACCAACAUACAGCUUUGUACUGGAAGAUGCGCCAAGAUUUAUCGAUGUCCAACUCCAGCAGGAAAAUGGGGGGAAUGUAUUAAAAUUGGCAGCUGCCACCAGGAGUGGUGUAGUGCAUUACUAUGGUCAUAUGUUAAAUGGCGCCUCCACUAAGCCCAUCAAGCCCUCGGUGACGGUACAGGUGACCACACCGGGUGCCACGCCCCUUCCACUACAGUGCUGCCGUCUACAGAAUGAGUUCCUCACGCUCGGAUACUCACUCGGAACUGGACUUAUUUUCGAGAACCUGACACCAGAUCUAUCUUCCAAGACCCAAGUCCUCAUCCGUGGUGAUAGCAAAGCGGCAAAGAAAAAGAGCAAGAAGCCGAAUGAUACGAACAAAGUACGUGCGGAUGGCAACACUGACGUCACAUAUGUGGAACCGAUGGGAGGGAACGUCUCCAGGAAGCGACAGACUCCCGGAGCACAGGUGGAAGUUCCGAUGGAAGCGAGAUUAGAGAAUUUAUCUUUAGAUCCGAAGAGCAGAAGUAAGUCAGCGGUGAACCAGAAUUUGACCAAGUUACUGAUGCAGGGACUGCACUCUAAUGAUAAAGGCUUGAUCCUGAUGGUGCUGCAGCAGAACGACAGCAACGUGGCGAUGAGAACCCUCAGCUGCCUCCCCGCUGCAUACGUACAACCGCUGCUGGAACACCUGCUGGACAUGGCCGCCAGGAAGACUAGCCAAUGCGCGUCCGUUUGCACGUGGGUGGGCGCCGUACUGAGGUGUCACUCGGCCAUGAUACUGGCCGCCACUCACACCGACCAUCAGCAGUAUCUCACCAGGAUACUCGCGCUAUUCACUCACAGACGAUCGCAUUUAUGUCAGUUGUUGAAUCUGAAGGGUCGUUUAGACCUGACGAUAUCCCAGAGGACAGCGGAGGACAACGUACACGAUGACCAGGACGCAUUACUAGAGUAUAACGACACGUCGUCAGAUGAAGAGAUGGAGUUGGAACAGUACCAGUCGGAGAGCGAGCAGUCGUGGAGCGACAAGGACGGGGAGGGCGAGGAGCAGCCCGUCUCAGAGUCGGACUCGGGCGGCGAGUGAUUGUAUUAACACAAUAUAUUUUUGGUUAC